AUGGAAUAUAAUACUGUACUACAACCGUCUCUUCCUAGUUCGUCAUGGAUAAGGUUACGUAAUCAAAUGAAAAUGCCUAUACCAAAAUCGACUCUUUUAUGUACAACAUAUAUUCGUUAUUUAUCUCAUUAUCGUUCUUCAACAUGGUCCAAUAUCGUUACAUUCCCACCAAAUAUUCAACAAGAUCAAAUUGAUCAUCGUCCAAUACUUCACUUUAAUUGUGUAUCUCAAGCAACAGCAAGUUCUCGACCAUGUCUUUCAAUUGCUCAAACAAUGUCACCAAUAAAUGCAUCAAGUAUAAUUGCUGCAGAAAGAGAAGUAUGUCUUCGAUUUAUCGGAGCAUUUAAUAUUCUUUUAACACCACUUAUACUUGAAUAUUUAACGACAUAUAUUGAAAAAUGGAAAACAUAUGAUAUUCAUCCAAUAUCUAUUCUUGAUGGUCUUCAUGUUCAAGCAAAAAUUAAAUUAUAUCCUUCUGUGACAUCAAUUGAUUUAUCAGCAACCAAAAUAUCUUUACAAUUACCUAAAAUUAAUGUUUGUUUAUUCCAAGCUGGUUUAGCUGAAGAUAAUAUUCAAUUAACUGAAUUACGUACACCUGUUGAUAUUGUUACAAUGUCAUUAUUUGCACUUUGA